CGCGGGGUCAAGACGGCGGAAGCGGAAGCGCCGCCGGGCGGGUCGGGUGUCGACGCCAUCGUCAUCGUCAUCGUCAUCGUCAUCAUCAUCAUGGUGGGCAGAGGGGCCUCCCGCGUACCGGAGCGGUGGACCAAGUACGUCCCGCUGGGCAGGAGGAUGCCGGGCACCCGCUUCAUCGCCUUCAAGGUCCCCCUGAAGAAGAGCUUUGAUCACAACCUUCAUCCGGAGGACAGAUUUUCACCUCGAGACCUCAUUAAGAAAAUUAAAGAGCAGAAGGAAGAACUGGGCCUGAUCAUUGACCUGACAUACACAACUCGUUACUACGGGCCAGAGGAGCUCCCAGCCACUCUCCGCUACUCAAAGAUCUUGACAAUGGGACAUGAAAUACCAAACAAGGACACCAUUUUUCAAUUCAAAUGCAUUGUAAAAAAGUUUUUGAGAGACAACAAAGACAAUGAUAAACUCAUUGGAGUUCAUUGCACACAUGGUUUAAACAGAACCGGCUACCUGGUUUGUAGGUACCUGAUUGACGUUGAAGGCAUGGAGCCAAAUACUGCAAUAGAGUUGUUCAACAGAGCUCGAGGGCAUCCUAUUGAGAGACCCAACUACAUCAAAGAUCUUCGCAAGAGAGCUGUAAAAAAGAACUGUGGACUAAAGAAUUUGGACUCAGACCCCUUCAAAGAAAAGGCCGGCGCUACACCAGACACUAAAAAGCAGAUGGCCAAACUUCAUCCAUCGAACCAAUCCACCUUAGCAGUGCCCAGUGCCAAGAAGAACCGCAGGCGAGGCGCCAAGGUGCAGGCACAACACCAGGAGCUGGUGCAGGAGCACGAGGCGAUGGAGCAAAGGCGGCCGUGCAGUUUGGUGGCGAGGAACUGUCGGGUUUCAUUACCCGCUAACGAGCGGCGCAAUGGACUGUGUUUCCCCCCUCAGAGCUCCCACAUCUUCCUGCCUCAGGAGAAAACGCAAGCGGCCAGGAAACGCAGGCGCCGGCGUAGGAAGCCUGUUGUGAUGGCAUAGGGAACGUUGUACGCAGUGAAAGCCCGUCUUCACCCUGGAGGAGCUCCGAGAUUGGGUCUCUCAUCGCUUGAACAAGCAGCUUUGCUGUAACCUCCACCAGCAGUCGGGAACUGCACGUGCAGGUGUUCUUAAUCUUAACACAGCUCUUUUUAAAAAAAAAAAAAAAAUUUUUUUCUUU